GUUGUCAUUUCUCGUGAGGCUUCACAUCCAACCAAAUUACUUGGGCAAGCCACUCGUUCCGUCUACCUGCAGCUAGCUUACUCCUCUUUCGCUCCUGUCGAAGCUCAUCAACGUUGUGUCUACAUAUAAUACCUUGAGGUUCCCUGCGAAUUAUCGCCAUGUCGUCACAACAACUUAAAACCAUUAGCCCUUGUCAUUUCUCCAUGACAACGAGAUAUCAUAUACCAAAAUCAGUAUUCAUGAAUCCCUGGGAGUAUAAUGCGUUGGAGUACAACUAUUCCGAGAAUGAAGCUGGUCCUGCGGCUCCUCGAGAUGAUACUGUGACUGACUCCAUCAUCUAUCCGGGUAUUUAUGCCCCCAGUGGGUUCGACAUAUUGGGUGUUCUCAGCCGGGUAGCAAUGAGAACCUCACCAGUGGUACAUCUUCCGGCAGUAGAUGCGUCGUGCGCCAUAGUAGUGUGUGAUAUCCAGCAACCCGAUUACCCGGUCGUGUACGCGAACGAGGCAUGCACCCAGCUGACGGGGUAUCCAUUGGAGGAGAUGCUCGGCAAGAACUGCCGAUUCAUGCAAGCGCCGGGAGGCAAGGUUCGCAAGUCGUCAACGCGGAGCCACGUCGAGAAGAGCGUGCUCAAGAAGAUGCGCCGUACCAUCGAAUCCAACGGCGAGCUGGUCAUCGAGGUAACAAACUUCAAAAAGAAUGGCCAGAAAUUCACCAAUAUAAUCACCAUCAUACCUAUCCCGUGGGAUACCGCGUCACCCCGGUAUUACGUUGGUUUUCUUGCGGAGAAGGCGCGGUGAUGAGAAAUUAUUGCCACACAUAUUACGCCGCAAGCCAUGGAACUGAAAAGGAUGGAAUGGAGGAUCGUCCACGACCCUGGCUCGAAGUGAUCAUCACCCCUCCUCCGCAUCGCCAUAUCACUCACUACACGCGAUACCACUUCAUCUGGAG